CGUCAAAGCAGUCAAACCCAUCAACGGCCUGUUUGGUGGACGCUUACGCUUGCCGACAGAGCUCAAAGUGACACUGCUUUUUUGUUUUAAAUGUCCAAAAAGACAUAGAUUGCCUGCAGGGAAAGAUAUAUACAGUACCGAGUUUUACAUCACGGACGUCUGGUCAUGGAGUCGUACGACAUCAUAGCCAAUCAGCCCGUUGUGAUCGAUAAUGGCUCAGGAGUGAUCAAAGCAGGGUUUGCCGGAGACCAGAUCCCAAAAUACUGCUUCCCAAACUAUGUGGGACGGCCGAAGCAUGUGCGCGUGAUGGCCGGCGCACUAGAGGGGGACCUCUUCAUCGGGCCCAAAGCUGAGGAGCACAGGGGGCUUCUGUCAGUGAGGUAUCCCAUGGAGCAUGGCAUCGUGAAGGACUGGAAUGAUAUGGAGCGAAUAUGGCAGUAUGUCUACUCCAAGGAGCAGCUGCAGACCUUUUCUGAGGAGCAUCCUGUGCUUCUCACUGAAGCUCCCCUGAACCCCAGCAAGAACCGGGAGCGGGCGGCUGAGGUGUUUUUCGAGACCUUCAACGUGCCGGCCCUCUUCAUCUCCAUGCAGGCCGUUCUCAGCCUGUAUGCCACGGGCCGAACAACGGGCGUGGUGCUGGAUGCAGGAGACGGGGUGACCCACGCUGUGCCCAUCUAUGAGGGCUUUGCCAUCCCACACUCCAUCAUGCGCGUGGACAUCGCUGGCCGAGACGUCUCCCGCUACCUCCGCCUUCUGCUGCGCAAGGAGGGCUACGACUUCCACACCUCGGCAGAGUUUGAGGUGGUGCGCACCAUUAAGGAGAGGGCGUGCUACCUGUCACUGAACCCACAGAAAGACGAGACUCUUGAGACAGAGAAGGCCCAGUACACCCUUCCUGACGGCAGUGCACUAGAUAUUGGACCUGCACGGUUCAGGGCCCCAGAGCUACUGUUCCGGCCAGACCUGAUUGGGGAUGAGAGCGAGGGCAUCCACGAGGUGCUGGCCUUCGCCAUCCAGAAAUCCGACAUGGACCUCCGACGCACACUGUUCUCCAACAUCGUCCUCUCUGGAGGAUCCACACUACUGAAAGGCUUUGGGGAUCGGUUGCUGAGUGAGGUGAAGAAGCUGGCUCCAAAGGAUGUGAAAAUAAAGAUCUCUGCACCACAGGAACGGUUGUACUCCACGUGGAUUGGGGGGUCCAUCUUGGCUUCAUUGGACACCUUUAAGAAGAUGUGGGUCUCCAAGAAGGAGUACGAGGAAGAUCGUGCCCGGGCCAUUCAUAGAAAGACCUUUUAAUGGGGCCUCUGCCUCGCCUUAUUUCCUCUGCUUCACCCUUGGCUACUAUUUCCUCGCAUACUCAUGGGAUCUCUAAAGCAAGAGAGCCCAGCCCUGAACUCCCGCAGGCUUGGCAUGCCUUCUGUUGCUCCCCACCCCCUUUGUUGGGGGGCUACAGCCAGAAGUGGCAAAGGGUCUAGGCCAGCAGUCAGACAGGUGUGCAUCCCCACUCUCAAGAGAAACACAAAGAAAAAUAUGGCUUUCAGGUGCAUGUCUUACAACCGUGGACUUUUUUCGUUUAUAUCGUUACAUUUAGGGUAAGGCUGUACUCUAGAUGCAAGUAUUUAUUAAGUCCGUUAAUAGGCCCAAUGACACAAUCAUAUCCAGUAUUGAAAUGACGGCAGAUGUCAGUGAUUUACUUUGCUGAAUUAUCAGGCUCCCUUUCUAGUGAGGUUUUUUUUUCGGUUUAUUUCUCCACUUUGCUCAAUUUAGCAAAGGGCAGUUUGUUUCAGGUGCAUUAAUAUUUGUUUGUAAACUGUUGUCCCCUAUUACUGAGGGUUAAAUAUCCAUAACUCCAUAUAACCAAACAGUUAAUACUGACUGCAUAUUUUAAAGCAAUGUCUGUGGGUUUAUGAUGCUGUCAAUUUGGUUAAGCUUGAAUUGAAAUUAUAUGUGUAAAUAUGGUUUCUAGAUGGCAUGUAAGCCACUGUACCUCACCUGUGUCUCUUGGACACUACACAGAGAGUCAGAUUGUCAUUAGUCUUUUCUAAGAUUUGUCAGUCCCACUUUGAGGUCGUUGGGGGAUAAAUGAGAAGAGGGUAAACUCUCUGUUAAGGUUACAUUGAGGGUGAAAGAUGGUUAUUUUGGUCUUAAGCACAGCUGCCUAGAAUGGGCCUUUGCUUUUGUUUGCAUUCAGAUUUAGUCUCUGUGGUUGUACUGCCACGUGCAGUGUCACAUAGUAUAUCGUAUGUGGUGUUUUCCCUGACUGAACACCUGUAAUUAGGUAGAGAGGGGGGCAAUUUAAUAAGAAUCUGGGGAUCCUCAAGUGUUUUUAAGGUGUGAUCUGUUUACCUGUAUCGUAGGAUGCUGCUCGAGACGUUUCUGGGUAAGUAAGGUUGCCAAUGUCAGCAUAAGAAGCAGAACCAAAAAAAACACGGCAGCAGUAUUCUGAAAUUAAGCUGGGCCCUCAGACACAAGUGAAAGUUUUUGCCCUCUCCGAGUGCUGCGAGUUUAGGUCCAAGCCAUCCCCCCCCACCCCUUUGGCGUUUCACCCUUGAUUGGAGUAAUCUUCACCCUGUAUAACUGCAUUGGAAGACCAAUACUCUUAGGUUCGUUUUAUUUUCAUUAUUAUUUUAUAAAGAUGAAACAUUCAUCAGCCUUGUGCACAAUGGACUCCACAUGAAGUCAUGGAAAUUAAGUUGCGCAACAGAGGACUAAAAUGUAAAAUACUGUUCAAGUGUUGCUUGUACUUUUAAUUUUGUCAAUUAUAAUAAAUUAAUGAUUGCUGUC